AUGGCUCAUGUCAGUUUCUUUUGGAAUUUCUCAUACUAUGCCUCGUUAGUUCCCUGAAAAAUUGUAAGUUUAAUUCAAGUUAAUCAUGUGGCCGCUCAAUUGUGCCUUUGUGCUGCUGAUCUUUAUGAUCUGCAGCUGUGCGGCGAAGGAGUAUAGAAUAUUCUGCCAAUACGAUUUGGGUUCUUUCUACUACAAGAAUGCGAGUCAGUUCACUUUCAUGAACAUCGAUGAAAGGCUCUGCUCGUAUUUGAUCCUCACCACUGGCGUGGGUGUGAAUGGCGAGACGGGCGAAUUGAAGCGAAAGCCUGACUAUUUGAUUGACGAUGACGAAUUAAUGAGCACACGUCAUGUAUUGUACAAUGGAAAACUUGACAGAAUUGUGGGCACGAUCGGCGGAUGGGGUGCGGAGUCGAGCGAGUUCUCCAAGCUGGCAGCAAGCUCUACCAAGCGUGACCGGUUCCUAGAAUCGGUGAUCGACUUCAUAUACGAAUGGGGCUUCGUUGGCGUCCAGAUCGACUGGCGUUAUCCCACGCAGCGUGGCGGCAGACCCCAGGAUCGAAAGAACUUUAUCACAUUGCUAAAAGAGCUAAAAAUUAGAUUGGAUGACUACGGUUUUAUGCUGAUGGUUGCCGUUUUGGGGCGCACUGACAGUAGCACCCUGGAGUACUACGACAUUCCCAAUCUGGUCAGGCAUGUGCACUUCGUUAGCCUGUUGUUCCACGACAAUCGGGAACCGUACCAGUCGCAACUUCGCUACAAUGCCCCGCUCUCCGGCAAGCAUAGCGUGGUGGAGUCCAUCAAGCUCUGGAAGAAGCUGGGCAAAGCUCCAGGCAAGCUGGUCAUGAGCAUUCCGCUCUUCGCGCGCUCGUACAUCAGGGAAAGGCGCAAGACCAGCGUUGGUUCUCGGUCAAAGGGUCCAGGUCCUAUGACUCCACUGAGCAACAAGCUCGGCUUCAUGACCUACAACGAAUGGUGCACGCAGGCAGCCACAUGGACGCAGAAAUAUGACGAGCAGGCGAAGGUGCCGUAUGCCUACAAAGGCGACCAAUGGAUUAGCUACGAGAAUAACCGCAGCAUCCUGGCGAAGAUAGAGCUGAUAAAGUCCCAGAACCUGGGCGGCGUCAUGCCCUGGACCAUCGAUUCGGAUGACUUUGCUGGCAACUGCGGCAAGAAGCACAGCCUGGGGCGUGUCAUAUUAGAAGCGAUCGAUCCGAAAGCAGUCAUAGUGGAUCCGGUGACGACAACUACGCCAGCACCCUGCCCGAAAGAUGGUCUAUUUCGCGAUCCGAAGGAUUGUCAGCUGUACUACGGGUGUUCGCGUGGCGAGAAAUUCGAAUACGAGUGCCCCUUUCAAGAGUUCUUCGACGAGGCCAAAUCCGCAUGCAGACCCAUGAAAGAGGUCAGAUGCCCAUCAUUAGGGGCCGACUGGCUUAACGUCAGGCGAGAGUAACAAGUAUCGUAAUUAUAUUUAAAUCCUCAAAAUUGCAGCGUAGCAGCAAAAAUAAUUGAUCAGUUAUUAAACAUAUUGUAUAUGUGUGUAAAUAUAAUAACUAAACUGAGUUUGCACUUUCA